AUGAAAUUUGGUAAGACGUUCCCAAAUCAUCAAGUUCCAGAAUGGUCCCAUGAAUACGUGAACUAUAAAUCACUCAAGAAGCUAAUCAAAGAAAUAGUGGCUGUUCAAGAUCAAUUAUACAAGCAGGAGCAUCGUGUCGAUGGGAAAGAUAGAGAAAAUACGUCAGUUUCACCACCGUCGAAACCUAUGGAUGUCAGUACAAGAACCAAAGAUUAUCUGAAUCAUCCGGAAGUCAAAACCUUACUGGCAAAAUUUUUCUUUGCGUUAGACGCCGAUAUUCAGAAGGUUGACUCAUUUUAUAAUCAACAAUUUUUGGAAUAUGAUCGUCGGUUGAGGAAGUUGUUAUCAUCGGCUCAGUUCACUGAAUUCAACCGUGCUUUGAUGUAUGGAGCUGCAAAUGGUAACAGUGGCCUAAAUCACACUGCUGGGAAUGGUAAUGGGUGCCUAUCUCAGCCCAUGCCAACGCGCUAUAAUCGUCAUCAAUCAUUGACACAAAAUGGUCAUCCUGGAUUCCAUGUGAACCCAGAUUCAGUAAAUCACCUCAUGCUAUCCUCAAACAAAGCCACUGAAGAAGCAGAAGAUUGGAGCGAAGUUUUAGCAAUUCUAAUUGAACUAAGGUCGCAUUUUAGAAAUUUGAAGUGGUACGGUGAACUUAACAAACGAGCCUUCAGAAAAAUCUUAAAAAAAUUGGACAAAAAAGUUGGUACUUCACAACAGGAAACCAUCACGCAAUCUAGAAUUGCACCCCUAGAAUUCGCAAAUGACACGGAAAUCAACAGAGACUUGCACAUCAUUAAUGAGCUAUUGAAUAAGAUUUUUCCUAAGGUUAAAUCUUUGCAGGCUGAAACGAAUGGUGUGUCCAAUACAUCGAACGGAUCGUCAGACGAUAGAAAUUCACCCUUGGAUAUUUUUUCCCAAUUGAUUGCUCGAGAUGAUGGAGAGAGUUUAAUGAACGAAUUGAUAUCCGUAUAUAGGUCGGCAGUUUUAAUUCCAACUAGGGCAUUAGUGGGUUUGUUAAACAAAUCCGCUCUUUCCCAAUCAUUCAAAUGCAUCGAUGAGAUAUUGUCAAUAAUCCCUACUUUAGGUGAUCCAACAGAUAUUUCCAGUAGGAAUUUUUUCCAUCAUCAUGUUAUCGCUCUUGGAAAAUCCCACAAACAGAUUAAGGAGGAGUCAACUAAAUCUCAGGUUGACUUAAACUCUUUGAUGACAAAAACAUUAGAAAUCGAGGCUGCAUUACCUCCAGAACCAAACCAUCGCUUGGUGGGUGCUUUUGGUCCGGAUGGAAUCAACUCUAAUGAUUCCCCUUCUUCCUUACGUUAUAUCUUGCAAAAGCUUCCGGUGCAUCUAAGACCUAGCCUUUUACAAAAAGAUAAUUACAAGAGAACUCCACUUCAUUAUUCAGCCCAGUACGGUUUAGUAGAAACCUCCAGAAUAAUUAUUGAAUCAUUAAUCGAAUGGGGUGCAUGGAACGCAGAUAUACCAAUUGAUGAUGUGCAUGUGUGGGGUGAUUCCGAAGGAUUAACUCCAAUACACCUAGCUGUUAUUGGAACUCAUCCUUUGACCGUAAGAAUUUUAACUAGCCAUUUGGGUCCUGACACCAAACUUAACACACCAAGACUACUUCAUUUGGCGACAAGAUUGAACUCUCCAGAUUUGAUUGACGCUCUUUUAAGCGUUCCCGGUUUCGACAUUAAUUACCGUGAUCUUGAUCAUUUGGAAACUGCAUUAUAUUUGGCUUGUAAGCUAAAUCUUAGAGAAGCAGCAGAACAUCUAUUAAAUCGUGGAGCUGACAUGGAAAUUGGAGAGAAAUUAUUUGGAUGGACUCCUAUAUUUGUUGCAGCAACUGAAGGGUUCACAGACCUUGUAAAGGUCCUCAAAGAGCAUGGCGCGAACUACGAUGCAUUAGACGAGAGUGGGUGGUCUCCAAUGGAACAUGCUGCUUUACGUGGGCAUUUGGAAAUAACUGAUCUGUUAAGAAUUGAGGGUAAUGAAGCAAUUACCAAUCCAAAGAUUGUAACUGAUUGGAACGUAGGCGGCGCUUCUGAAGAUAUUAAUGAUAAGAAAGAAGAUUCACCAACAGUCGAUUUCUACAAACAGGGAACUACUACAAGCUCCUCAAUUGACAUAAUGACUGAUGGAAAACCUGUUACGAAUCCUAGGAAAAUGUUAACACAUUCAUUAAGUACCGGGAAAGCUAUCUCCUCUAAGGAUAGCUCCCAGCAGGAAUCCGAAACGGUGAAAAAGUUCGGACACAGCUAUUUAAAAUCUAAUGAAUCCAUUAUUUUAAUAUGCUUAGGUGGCAACGAUACCAGAUCGACAAAACCAGCUGUGAAAUUAAACAAAGUUCCAGUUAGCAAAGUGUCGUCUACUGAACUAGAUACCGCCCUUUCAUUAGUCAUAAGUUGCCCAGACACACUUUCCGAAGAGAGCUUUGUGCUUGAUUUACCUUUCGAUUCUAAUUCAGACUCAAUCAGUUUUAAAGUGCCAUACAAACCAGACUCAUCACAUAAAAUCAUCUUCGAUAUUGUGCCAACUUAUGGAUACACCAGCAGUAGUAGGUCGGUUUCUCCCAAUGCAAAUACUGAAUUGAGCUCUGACAAAGCUGCUCAUAACAACCGUGGCCGGGAGCACCAGCAGUAUCGUGAGCAUUCCAGCUUUCCUGGUUACCCAACCUCGAUGAGUCCAAUCUCCAUGUUACAUGCUUAUAGCAACCCGCCACACGCUGGUAACAACUUCUUAUCUCCCGAAAAGCCAAAGAUUUUGGGGAGAGCUGUUGCCUUACUUGAUACAGCUUUGACUUCUGUUGGAAGUAAAAUGCGUUCCUUAUACGAAACUAUUACGGUUCCAAUUCUAGGCGUUGAAAAUCUUGAUGUUCUAGGAACAGUUAACUUCGAAUUCAUGAACGUCACACCCUUUGAGAAUCCCCAUAUGGGCUUAGCUAGAAGCGAAAAGUAUUGGAAAUCAUUGGUUUCCACUCGUGUUAUUGGGCAUCGUGGUCUUGGUAAGAAUUUUAACACCAAGAAUUCUCUCCAAUUGGGAGAAAACACAGUGGAGUCGUUCAUUGCUGCUGCUUCUUUGGGUGCUUCAUAUGUAGAAUUCGACGUUCAACUAACAAAGGAUCACGUUCCGGUGGUCUACCAUGACUUUCUUGUUGCAGAGUCUGGUGUUGAUAUUCCUAUGCAUUCUCUAACUUUAGAGCAGUUUAUGGAUUUGAACAACGCCGAUAAACACCACAUUCAUCAUUCUUCUGGAAAAGUUAGGAGACGUUCAUUGGACGAUACAGAUGCAGCAAUUUUGAGGAGAUCAAGAUUACUGAAAGAAAGAGGCCCUUCACUAAACCAUAUAGAGAGCGAUAAGAAGGAUCCAACCAACGGUGCUGCUGGAAUAUCUAACAAAGAGGAUAGUACUUCUUCUGAAAUUAAUCCUAAGAGUGUACUCGAAGAAAAUGACCGUUUUGGUAAAACUGAUGAAAUCUCAAGGCUCUUUGAAGACAGAAUGCGCUUAACUAAAACUUUUAAGAAGAAUGCCUUCAAGGGUAAUUCCAGAGGUCAUUCAAUUGCAUCUAAUUUUGUCACCUUGAAAGAGCUCUUCAAGAAAAUACCGGAGAGUGUCGGCUUUAAUAUUGAAUGUAAAUAUCCCAUGCUAGAUGAAGCGGAGUCCGAGGACAUGGGAACUGUGGUUCUUGAACUUGGACACUGGGUUGAUACUGUGUUAAAGGUUGUGUUUGACAAUGCUAAUGGCAGAGAUAUCAUCUUCUCCUCGUUCAAUCCUAACGUUUGCGUAAUGUUAUCUUUAAAACAACCAAGCAUCCCAAUUCUCUUUUUAACGGAAGCUGGUACGACUCCGAUGGCCGAUAUUAGAGCAACCUCGUUGCAGAAUGCUAUUAGAUUUGCCAAAAAAUGGAAUUUAUUAGGUAUUGUGUCAGCUGCACAACCGAUUGUGAAGGCACCAAGAUUGGCACAAGUGGUGAAAUCUAGUGGCUUAGUUUGUGUCACAUAUGGUGUUGAAAAUAAUGAUCCAGACAAUGCUAGAAUCGAGAUGGAUGCAGGAGUAGAUGCCGUGAUUGUGGACAGUGUAUUAGCAGUCCGUAAGGGACUCACUAAAGAAAAUAAUGAAAAAUUGUAA